AUGGGGCUCCGGCGAAGACGAGCUCCUCGGCCGUGGAUCUUGCUCCACCACCAUAGCCACCACAUUGCCACCGCUCCCCUAGGGUUUGAUGGCUGGACAAAGAUCGGCCAGCAGCAGGCGGCCGUCUCCAGAGGCUCCCAGCUUGGAAUCUCCACGGCGAGAGCACUAGCGGCGCCACGGCUCCCAACUUGGAAUCAACAAUUGCAGCUCACGCGUAAAAAUUCGUUCUUGAUCUUCAUAUGCCCUAAUUUUGACGCAUUCCGAUUGUGCUUUGUGCGUGUAUCUGUGGUUCUUGUGGAUAUGGAUGUAAAUAAGGAUGGGUCUAGGCAUAAAUUGGCCGAAGAGUUUCGGCGCGAAAAAAGCUUCAAACUGGAGAAUCCGUCAUGGCCUCUAUCAUAUUCAGUUUUGUGGAAGUUGAGGAUGGGAUGUGAUCGAGAAUGCCAAAAAGGGACUGAUGUUUCCAGUACACAGGACUCUGUUAGUACAGCUCAGGAUAUUGCUGUGAAAGAGUUUUUCAAAUCUCAUUUGGAUGUUUCACCUAAAGAAGAGAGCAAAUCGUUCCUCACCUUUGUUAUACCCCAUGAAAAGGAAAAGCUAUUAAAGGAAUUAAUUCCCUCAAUUGUAAUUCCUAAAUAA